CUUCCAAAAGCUAAAGAGUUCCACCGCAUUCCCCCUCCCCCUCUCUGCCACCCAAACGAGCUCCUUUUAGUCCUCUUCUCGGCCUCCCGCCAUCUGUCGCUCGCCACUUGGCGGCUUCUUCUUCUUUUCAGGUCUCCGUUCCGUGCUCCUGCGACGCGUCUUCCCACACCCCAAAUUCCCACGAUGACUGCCGCCGCCACCGACAGCAGCGAGCCUGGGCCCGGCGAGCUGGCCCCCGCGCCGCCCUCGGUCGAACUCGAGAAGAUCUCCCCCGGCGCCGAGUUCCCCCCACCCGCCGCGCGCACCGACGGCGGCGGCCUCAGCACGGCGCCGAGCUCCAGGUCGGUCCUGCGGAAAUCGCGGACAGACAACUUCCUCGAGAAGGGCGCCCUGCUGCUUCGCGCCCUCGCUUGCCUCUUUUCCCUGAUCGCCCUCGCCGUCUUGGCUUCCAACAAGCACGGGGACUGGCAGGAUUUCGAUCGCUACCAGGAAUACCGGUACUUGCUGGCGAUCGCCGUGCUCGCAUUCAUCUACUCGAUGGCUCAGAUCCUGAGACAGGUGAACCGGUCAAGAACCGGUAAGGAUUUUGUGGCGGCACAAUAUUCUUGGAUCGUGGAUUUCGCCGGAGAUCAGAGGGAUCGGCACUGGAGAUAAAAGGAGUGAUUAGGUUAAUGGUAGGUGGAAAAACUGGUGGAAGACAAAAGCAAAAGAUGGUGGUUCUAUUUGACCUGGCAGUAGCAGACUAUUUUAAAGAGCUCUCACACGAUGGUAGUGAUUGGCGGAAGCUUCUUCUGAGUCACCAACUUGGCAGGCUUGACAGGGAAUUGAAGGUGAGACAAGUGGUGGACACAUCUCCGCCUAAAAAUCUUUGACGUCCUUUUUCUUUUCUCUGGUUUGCAGAUAAGGGAGAGAUUGCAGCCCAACAGCUGCUCGAGACUCGUCAUCUUCUGGGAGAACAGUGGAUGAUGCUUGUGGAAAGGUACGUGCGUGGGAGACAGCUGUGGCAGUGACCACGAUAUGUAUGCCCUCGAAAUCACAAGGUCAAGUCUUUGCCAAAUUAUUUAUAUUACGAUUCUGGUGAGGUUCUAAUUCCGUAAAAUUUUGAAUUUGACUUGCAAAGAUAUUAGCUUCAACAAAGUAUGCAAUUCUACUAAUAUUUUGAUUUACAUGAUAGUAUGACAACAAAGACUAGAGGAGGCCACUUUGAUGUCCGAUAAGGCCCCAAACAAAUAAACAAAUGGAAUCCAGUAUCACUAUGAACUUGCAACCAAAACCUAAUGGAAUUUACAAGCUGUAGUGACUAAAACCCCUCUCUCUGUGCUCCGUAUCAUCGCAUCCUUGGGUAUCAACACAGCAGUGAGUCGAGAAACGAGUCCUCCUUUUGCUCUUCUUUGGUUUUGUUGGGGAACAUCUGCGCUUGUUGCUGCUGCUGCUGAUUCAUGUAGGCAUUCAUGGAGUUCUGAUAGCCUGAGAACCCAUAGCUCCCGCUGCUCUGCAACAUCUCUAGCUUAAAUGGAGCUUGACUCUCUGAUGCACCCGGUCUUCCUCGGAACACAUUGUUAGGGUUGGCAUGGUUGGCCAUGACCGACGGGCGUAUCGCCGCAGCCAUGCCGUUGUUCUCCGGCUGCGGCCUGGCGAGCAAGUGCGCGCCGCCGCCGCUUCCCCUCGCUGCCGGAACAUCAUGGUUGUGCUUGCCUUCGUAUGUCGUGAUCACCGACCUCAGAUCGUGCGACGCCCUCUCCACGUGUUUCCUCACCGGACAUCCCAUGGUGGUGCAUUUGUAGUAGCUCCUGUCGAUCCCAACAGAUGUUGAGUCUUUGGUGUUCGAUGAAAUGCUUCCAAGAAACAGCUCUAUGAUGGGAUGAAGUAAGCGCUCACCUUGGAUUUGGGUUCCCCUUCACCACCUUCUGCCCAUAUUUUCUCCACCGGUAGCCGUCGUCAAGGAUGUCGAUGUCACUCUGGGUCUGAACCACCACCCGGGGCUCCCGCACGGUCCUGUUUCCAGCGGCCGACAGCCCUUCGCUUUCACCUUCCGCCUUCCUGCAAGAACGACGAGCCGUGCGCUCGCUUCCAUCAUCAUCCAACAAACACCAUCCCAGUCCAUCACAUGAUCACAUCGGAAACAGAAGCCUACCAUCGCUUGGCGUCCGGCUCGUCCUCCUCGUAGUCGUCACCUCCCUGAUUACUCCUCUGCGAGCUCAUAUCGACGUCGUCGUCGCCAAAAGACACCGACGAAUCAUCGGGCGUCGGAACCGAAUCCAAUGGCGUGCCUGACCGCCCGCCGAAAGAGUUCUCGGAUGCUUCGGAAGGCACGGGACCCUGGAUCGCUUGAGCAGCAGCCGACGAGCUCCUCCUAUUGGCCUGAGGCUUCGGGUGGUUGUGCGUUCCCUUGUACACGAUCUCAGUGAUCUGUCCAUCCAAAGACCUCUCCACCUUCUUCUUCGUCGGGCAAUUCGGGUACGUACACUUGUAAUAGCUUCGCGGGUUUUCGCUUCCUUUGACCUGCUUCUGCCCAUACUUCCUCCAGUUGUAUCCGUCGUCCAACUUCCUCUGGUCUUUGAGGGCCAGAGAAGCUUGAUUGGAAUGCCCGUAAUCCGUUUGGACCGCA